GUGGCGAUGUUUACAGAAAAACCUGCGCAGUGAAUUUCGCGGACAUGAAGGCGGUGGCGGACUGCAAUACCGGUGACUCUCGCCAGGAGUUCGAGGUGCGCCGUCUCUCCACGUCGUCGUCUGUAAAGUCUCCCCCUGGUCACCUGUUCGUGACGGAGUGGCGGUGGUACUGGAAGGAUGUGGACGGGACCUGGGUGGAGUACGGACACAUGAACCAAAGCGGGGAGGUUCGCGGCACGAGCAGCCUGACCAGUAGGGACAUCGAGGACAAGUUUCAGGACCAACAGGACGCUGACGUCAUCUUCUCUACCGGCCAUCACCAGUACGUACUGCGCCUGCGCGACAUGUGUCAGGAGAACACCAGGGUCGGGACCCGCCGUGACGUCAGACGUCGGCCCAAGUUCGUGUCGGAGGAGGAGGUGAAAAACCCACCCAAACCGAAGCCCGCAGUUCGUGCAAAAUCCGCUAGAGGCGCCUCAGCCUGGGACGAAUCCACCCCAGCCCACUGGUCCGCCAUGUCAGAAGACGACGAGUUCGUCAAAGUGGACGUGGCGGGAAACACUAAGGAGUACAAUGACGUCAGGACGCUGUUUGAGCAGAACGGGAUGGCGGGAACAGCCAUUUCGGGAGUCAAGCGUGUCCAGAAUGCCUUUCUUUGGAGCGCAUAUAACAGGAAGAAAGCCCAGCUGAAGAAACAGAACGGCGGGAAGGAUGUAGAGGAGCGUCGCCUCUUCCACGGGACGCAGGAAGCCGUCGUGGACGCCAUCUGCCAGCAAAACUUCGACUGGCGCCUCAGCGGCUCGCGAGUCGGGCAGAUCUACGGGCAGGGAACGUACUUCUCCGCCAGCUCGCAGUACUCACACAACUACGCCCAGCAGGGUUCCAAUGGGCGCCGCUACAUGUUCGUGGUCAGGGUUCUGGUCGGGGCGUACGCGAAGGGGGAUGCGGGCGUCCGCCGCCCUCCCCCCGUCAACCCGGGUGAGCCGUUCGGUCGGAUGUACGAUUCGUGUGUCAACGACACGGCCAGUCCUAACAUCUUCGUCAUCUUCGACAAUGCCCAGUGCUACCCGGAGCACAUUAUUGAGUACUAGGGU